UAGAAUAUAUGAGGUCAAAACCAUGGAAAAAGAUGAAUCUCUUGAGCUUUUUUCCAAGAAAGCAUUUAAGAAAGAUCAUCCUGAAGAUGAUUAUUUUGUUUUGUCAGAAAUUGUGGUUAAAUACGCAGGAGGUAUUCCUUUGGCACUCUAUGUUUUAGGCUCCUUACUAUGUGGCAGAAGUCUCCUUGAGUGGGAAGAAACUUUAGAAAGGAUGAAGCACAUUCCAGAUAAAGAUAUUUUUCAAAUUCUUAAAGUAAGUUAUCUCGGAUUGAAUGAUGAAGAAAAGACAAUUUUUUUAGAUAUUGCUUGCUUCUUCAAUGGAUGGAAAAGAGAUGAAGUAGCUCAAAUUUUGAAAAAUUGUGAUCUUCAUCCAACUAUUGGAAUAUAUAUUUUGAUUGAAAGAGCUCUCUUGAUUGAGAAGAAGACAUUUAAUGGAGAAACCGUAUUAGAGGUCCAUGAUCUACUUCAAGAAUUAGCCAGGAGUAUUGUUUUUCAAGAAUCUCCUGGUCAUGUUCAUGGACGAAGCAGGUUGUGGAAUCUAGAAGACAUCCAUGAAGUAUUGGAAAAUGAUAAAGGAUCUGAAGCAAUACAAGCUAUGGCUUUGCCUUUUAACCUUGAUAGAAAAAUACAAGUACAUCGUGACGCCUUCUCAAAGAUGUAUAAUCUAAGGUUGCUCAUCAUAUCAAGUGAAGUGAAACUUCAUAGUGGUCUCAAAUGCUUUUCUAGCACAUUAAAGGUUAUUCGAUGGAGGUUGUAUCCUCUAGAAACUCUUCCGAUUGGAACUCAGUUGGAUAAACUUGUCGACAUUCAAAUGCCUUUUAGCAAAAUAAAACUCUGUGAUGGCAUGCAGCUUAUGAAGAAGUUGAAGUUUAUUGAUCUAAGCAAUUCCAAAGAUUUGGUUGAAACCCCAGACUUCUCAGAAAUUCCAAACCUGGAAAAAUUGAAUCUUGAAGGGUGCUCAUCUCUCAUUACGGUUCAUCAUUCACUUGGAGAGUUGAAAAAGCUUGUUGAAGUGAACUUGUCGUGUUGUACCAGUCUUGAGAUCCUUCCGAAAAUAUUGGAAAUGAACUCUUUGAUAAAGUUAGAUAUUAGUUGGUGCGAUAAACUUUCAACUCUUCCAGAAUUCGGGGAAUGUAUGAAAAAAUUAACAGUGCUUGAUGCAAGGAAGACUGCUAUAACCAAACUUCCAGAAUCGCUUGGAUUCUUGUCUGGUCUUAGAGAUUUGAAUCUAAGGGGCCCCCGAAAACUUGUUCUUCAAAUGUCUGGCUUUAAUCUAACAUCAUUAACCAUGUUAGACUUGAGCUACUGUGGCAUUAGUGAUGGAUCAAUUCCUGAUGAUUUAGGCAGUUUGUCAUCAUUAAUUACUUUACGCCUGGAAGGAAAUGAUUUUGCUAAUUUACCCAUUGGUUGCUUCUCAAAUCUUUUUCAACUACUUCAUCUUUAUUUGAAUAACUGUGAGAGGCUUAAGUCACUGCCAAAACUCCCACCAAGGUUAAUGCAACUAUAUGCAACUGGUUGUGACUCGAUGGAGCCUUUAUCAUCAGAUGGAAUGUGGAAUCUACUUUCAUCACUUGACCAUGAGUAUCGCCAUCAAACUAAUUAUGAGAAAAGAAUGCUCCAGUCUAGUCAGCAUAACUCUUGUUCUGAGCUGCCACCUCUAAGACAGGGUAAUUUCCAUGGUAGAACACGAGGAAGAAGGAAUGUCAGUAGCAGCAGUAACCGUGAUAGCUUAAGGAGACGGGAGCCCAACAGACAGAACCUAGGGAGGCGAGAUCCACUAAUAGCUUGGUGGCCAAUCUAAUCUGCUAGUUGAAACAUUUUGACCAGAAUAGUAGGAGGGAUUAUAGAGGAUUGUCAUUUAUCACCGAUGCUUCAGGAUAAGUAUAGUCUGCCUAU